CAGGACAAUUGCUUUUGAGACGAAUUCGCAACCACAACAGAAAACUUUAAAUUUUAUAUGCGAUUUAAGAAAGCCAUAUGUGCUGCAGAUUUGAUUUUUAUUGAUAAAUGAAUUAUUCAAAUGAUCCGCGUUAUCAGCGCGGCAAGUAUACCUACACACCGAAAGGAAGAAAAAAGUUUGGCAGUGAGAGCAACCUUCAGCGCAAUUCCGUAUCAGAUAAUGCUGCGGUGAAAAAAGGAGGACUCUACAGUCAGGCGGGUGCAAUGAGCAAUGAGAACCUGCUGAAGUCGACAGAGCAACUAGACAGUGAGUUCACAGUCAGCCAGCGCAACUUGGAAGCCAGAGGGAAAGACCUGAGUCAGAACCAGAAACAGGACCAGACCAGCACCAGGGAAAGUGCCACCAGAGCUGUACUUAUUGCGGUACUCGACUCUCUUUCGGUGAUUAAGCAGAAUGAGGAGCGAGUUAUUCGACGACUGGCGUCCCAGCUGGAGUUGAGUCCGGUGGCCUCUGACCAGCAGAAGAAGGUUGCCAGACAUCUGAAGAGCAGCGAGAGGAGGAUGAAGCAGCUGCAGUACCACGUGAUGCGUCUGGAACAGCUGGAAGAGCAGUACAAACACAGGGCCGAGAUGCGAGUCGCAGUCCAGAAGGCAAUCGACUCUCUCAAAAACUCCAGUGGUUCGAAUGGGCGCCAGGCAAGGAAGGAUGGGGUGGACCAGUUGGGAAUGCUGGGUGGGGAGAUGGGUGAUAUUGAGGCGAGAAUAGAGAGGGAGUACCUGGGCAAGUGGAGCAUCACAAUACACAGUCUGGUCGGGUGCACUCUCCUUAUGCCAGGGGACCUAUUCAAGGUCAAAUUCUCCUUCGGUAGUCAAAAGUGGAAGACAAAGUGUCGAGUGCGGAAACAGCCUGCAAUCAUGGGACGUCCCUCCGCCUACACGUCCAGCAGCCAAGGCACAGUCCAAGAGUGGACUAGCACCACUGGCAUGUUCUAUCCAGUGAUUGGGGGACAAUUCAUCAUCAAGGUCAAGUCGGUCAGGGGGGUGCUCAAACUACAAUCUGAUCUAGGCCAGAUUGUGAUGUACACAGACACCAUGUAUGGACACGAGGAAACAACAGAAACUGUCUCUAUAACUCGCAGUGGUGCUCUGAAGCUGAGGUUCUCAGUGAAGUGGUGCUGGUCUCUGGAAGACGAGGAUUUCAUCCCACCCUCCUCCGCUGCCACAGUCGACCAACUAAUCAAUAACCCCCCUCACACGGAAGACGAUGUGACAAGUUUGAGUCAGUCGGGAAGCAUCUCUCAAUCGGGUAGUUUCGGAGGGGGUUCCGAUCACUUGCGAUUUGAGACAGGGGGAGGUUCUGUUGGCGGUGGAUUUAGUCCAGCCCUGAGGUGGCACGGAGGCGCAGGUGCAGGGGGAGACGGUGGUAGCAUGUCGGGGGGUCAUCAGGGUUCAUUCAGAAGUGAGCACUCGAGCCAUUCCAACGAGGCCAUACCCUCCAAUAGACUCACUGUGGCUCUCCAUAAUGUGGCCUUGUGUGUGGACCAGAUCUAUGGAUACUUCGCACCACUACACAACUUCGAAAAACAGGUGCGUCGUUUGGUGCUGACUCUUUUUGCGGAUAACGAGCGUUUCUCGAACAUCCACUUCACAAGUCCCGAAUACCUCCGACUGAAACAGAACCACACGACAGCAUCUGCAGACGACUCCAGCUCUGUCUCGUCUGGAGGGGGAAACGACUCCUCCAGAAAGUUCUCCAGCUCUGUCUCCGGAAACAGGAGCAUAGACCUUCUUCUACUUACACACCUCUACCUCUGCUUGCCUCAAUUCAAGUACCUAGACAUGCAACCACCCCUGGAGAAGAAAAAGAAUAGGGCUCUGCAGAAACUGGGUUUCCAGGGACUAGUGUUCGAGAAGAUUCUCAAGUUCCUUCACACCUGCUGUGGCCAACAGUACCUGUCUUCAUCGUCUUCUCCUGUUCACCAACAGAUUUCCUCUUCAGCUGAAGACUCAAGAUUGGAAGAGUUGAUCCCCGAACUGUGUGACAAUGAGAGCCUUAAAAACUUCUGGGAUAACGUUGAGAAACCUACACAAUUUCUGGCACCUGUCGGUAGUCUGAUCCGCCAACUGCAGCGACUCUUCACGCACAAGUUUUCGGCUCUGACAAACCAGCCGGGGGUGCUGGCAGCGGGGUGGGAGUUGGCGGCCGAGCGGCUGGUGGGGGAGAGGAGUCGGGACGACAAGACGAACAGUGUGUCGGUGUUCACUUUCUAUCAGACAUUGUCUAGAGAAUACCAAGGCAGCGUCGAAGUCUACAUCGACCGAAUCAUGCAGGAGGUUGCGCUCUCCUCAAAAUUAUGGAGUCCCAGUCUCUCCGGAAACACGUUACUGGAUGUGCUUCCCAAAUUCGCCGGUCACAUUCCUCAUCCGGAGAUCUGGAGGCAGAUUGCACAGCUGCUGAGCGAGAGCCAAGGUUCUAAGCCAGACUUGGCCUCCAAAUUCCUGGACUAUUUCGACUCCAUUUCAGAUGUAGUUGUGCGCAAGAAGCUAAUAGAUGUCUACUUAGAACAGCUAGAAGAGUUUGACCCCAAGGAAGUGUGUUCAGCAGCCGUUUGUCUAACCGCUUUACGAGCCGGCAAUUCACUGCACCAGCUAGCUUUUCUGGCAAACCACCACGAGAAACACACAGUCCGCGGAGUGUGCCGGGACGCCGCCUACUCCUUCGGGUCACAAGGCCGCAACGUUGUACAGUUCUACUCAAACCCAAUCAACCACUUAACACAGACACAGAGGAAGUACAAACCCAGUAAACACGUACAACAUGCAACCAGCGAAAAUAAUAUCAAUACAGUUGACCUAGAUGAAGUUGUUUAUUUGUAA